UUUUUUUUUUUUCAUAAAAACGUCUUAAACAUGCCUUAUUAUCACGAGUCACUGCCGACAGACGCGAGGAGGUGAUACAACUUAAAAUUAGCGUGUAUUGGCCUGCAAAUCUGCCCAUACAAAGUCGCAGCUGAUAGCUGGAUAAACAAUCAAAAGGAAUUGCCUGCAGUGGAGUUCGGAAACAUUUGCAACUACCUCAUAAAGUCACCCUGUAAGUUGAUCUUUAUCAAUUAUGUGGAAUAUGUACUGUGUGGAACUAAGAAAACUGGUAGUAUAUACGGAGUGAUUAUUUCUGCCGUAACCGGUAAUUCGCCUCCAAGUCUUAUUUAGUCUUGAACACGUCACGGCAAAAUAACCAAUUCCCACCAGGCCAAUAAUAUACCGAUUGACCGAUCAGAGCAGUUCACGGCAAAAGAAAAACAAUGCUUUGGGAGUUGUCGGUUAUGGUAAUAAUAACCACUGCCUAGUCUAUUGAAUUGUAGCAGCUAAUUGGGGCAAAAAAAAUAAAUAAAUCGAUUAAAGUUUACUCACCAGUAAUUAAAAAAAAAGUGCUUUGUUCCAAGAAUUGAGAUGUUUGUUUAUUUUACUGUUAACUUCCUCUUAUGCAGUAGGUGACAGUUAGCAGCAGCUGCUCGAAAUCAUUAACGGCUUUUUUCUUGAAACCGAUAGGUAUUGCAUAAGUUGAGAGAGGGCUGUAUAACAACUACCCUUAGAUGCAACCCACCCUUUAAAACUGCCAGGUGUCAGAUAUCCCCAAAAAACGCUCCCCUCUUUGACUUAUAUUGCAGCAAUUCAUAAUUCAAGGAUUUCUAAUUUCAUUGUUGUCUUACUGUGAAAGAUUUGCUUCAUUGUUAACAAAAUAUCAGUUAAUCACCAUAUUAAAUUUGUUUAGAUUUUACAGUCUGCAAAUUGAAAAUAUAUUUUAAAACUGCCCUUGAGCAGACAAAGACUAUAAAAUGUUAGUCAAAUUCUUGUAAAGCACACACCUCCUUCCCUCACAGGAAGCUGAAUGUGGGCCGAAGACGUGACACAAAGGCAGACAUAAAAAGGACAUUGUUAAACAAUAGCAACAGGAAAUAGUGAUAUCUGAACAAAAACAAGCUUCAGAACAAAGUUUGAAGAAUAGAAUGAAACAUGGAAAGUGAAUAAUAGCAUGAAGAAACGAUGGGCUGACUGAUGGUUAGACCUUCUGUUUCCUGUCCUCGUCAUGCUGCAUGACUUCAAAAUGGAAUACAAAGAGAGGUGAGGUUUUCUAAUUGUUAAUUGUAUAAACUACUAAGGAGAUGUGAGUUUGGUUUAGGCAACAGCUGGAGGAGUUAAAGCAAGGCCUCAUGGAAAAAUCUAGUUCUUCCAAUGUGACAAAUGUGUGUAAGAUGGGUGGGUGCGUAUGUACAUACACACAUUAGUGCAUUUGAACAUGUAUUUUUCCCGCUCUCCCUGCGGACAGUGAUUUCACGGUCAGUCGAGAGUCUCCAAGGAGAGCCCACUAAACACAUUUGUCACUGGUUUUGUGUUCUAGUACACGUGCUCAAAGCAUUUGUACCCCUCUUAAUGGAAGUAAAAGGUUGUCAACUGACUCAGUUAAGAUAUUGUAUAAAUAAAUAAUGCAAUAAGAAUGAACAUGUAAAGCAGACAUUGGUUUUUAAUUUUGGUUCUCUAUAAAUUCAAUAUGUGGGGGGAAACGAACUCUUGAAACAUACUGCAUCUCCACCACAAUGAUCGUACCAUGAAAAAAAAUAAUUUAAUCAUAGAGUAGUGUUCAGUGAAGUUGUGUGCUCUUAAGACUUACUUUACUUUUUGCUGUACAAGCAGUCACUAUGAUGUUUGGUGACAUGGUGUGUUGCUCCAAGUUCAAAGAUGCAAAUUCAAAGCGUACUACGAAAAAUACACUAUGCCUACUGUGAAACAUAAAUGAGGCUCUGUUAUAUCCCGGGCUCCAUUUCUGUAUGUAGCACAGGGCAGUGGUCCCCAACCUUUUUUGCACCACGGACCGGAGUGAUAUGGGCCCUUUUUUUCCCACAGAUCCGUCAAUGUGUGGCAGAAAAUUACAGAAAAUAUCAAGUUAAGUGUGUGGAAAACGUAACUCGGCGUACGCUGAAUCAACCUUUUCUAACAGCAGCCUCUCCUAAAACUUGAAGACGAAUAUCCUUGAUUGCAGGUUUAAUGAGUUCUUCUCUAAUCGUGAAAGGUUUCUUGGCUUUAACAAUACGGUUCACCACGAGAUAUGUUCUCCGUGCGUUCGCUUUUGUUGCCUCAUUUACUAGCUUUUAGCCACAUAAUAUGCAGAAUGGACUUUGUUGUAGGCCUCUUUUCUGGCUCAGUAGGUGGCCUUUUCCCCAUUAAAAAAAAAGCUGUCUUCUGGCUCAGCAGGUGGCCUUUUCACCAUAAAAAGCUGUCCAAAGAUGUCUGGUUUGCAGUCAUCUUCGCUAACGUGUGGGGUUUUUAUUUCCGGGAACAAAUCUUGUGCGCCUACGUCAUUAUCGAAGCGCACAAAAAAAGGUGGUAGCGCCACUGGAUUUCAAUGACGACUUCCUAUCCAGUUUUAAUAUAUCUAUUGAAAAAUCUGAGGAAACAGACCGAAAGAACCACAUCCGUCAUAGCUGAGGGGUGCCGCCCACAGCACACAAACAACAGCAGCUAACGUACUGUUUACAUUGACUAAAGCUGGGCUGCUAGAACACCCCAGUAAUGGCGCCCAACCACUAGAGGGCAACAAACACAAAUGUCUACUCAGAUUAGUAAAUAGAGUAGACAAGCAUAUUGAUAUGGGUUAGGUCAAGCCAGAUUGCGAUAGUUAACAAAUUCUUCAUUAUUUCUCUGCAGCCCGGUAGCAAAUGCGCCGCGGACCGGUACCAGUCCACGGCCUGGUUGUUGGGGAUCACUGGCAAAGGGUGUCUUGAAUCUGUGUAGAGUACAGAGAAGUCUCAAGACUAUCGAGAUAUUCUAGAGAAUUAUGUGCUUUCUCGUGUCUAAAAGCUUCCUGUCAGUUGCAGUUCAUGGUUCUUGUAAUAGAAUAAUGGUCCCUACACACUGCUUAAACACCAAAGAAUGACAGGAAAAGUAAUUGCUUGCGGUUUAAGUUUAUAAAUAUAUCUUGACGAUUGUCCCAUAGCCUUUAUGAGAGACCACAUAUUUGUGCAAGAUUUGAUUUUUUUAAAAUUGUUCAUAUGACAGUCUGGUUUGUCAACCACACGGCUGAAUAAAUUUCCCUCCUCUGCUAGCUCCAAUGCUUUUACUGAUGUUUGUCACAGUCAUGCAUAUUGUCAUGUACUUCGGUAUUGGGUAAAGCGUCAUAGUCGUUGCGGCUUUGCACUAAGCGUCUUAAAUAACCACCGCAAUUCUGUCACCAAAUAGGUUUUGCACAUAGACUCGGGCAGGUGUUAAUGUGCUGUGUGUUUCUUUUUGUAUCAGCAGGGUUUUUCAGUGCAACUCACAUUACCAUUCAAGGCUGACAGAGAAAAGACCAUGCUAACGCUUUUCAAUGUACUUGAACACACAAACACACACAAAUAGGAAGCUGGUGUGGAUAACUUGUCUUACAUGAAAUCUGCCAAAUCAUGGUGCAAUCAUCACAAAGAGUUACCCAAUUGAUCCAAUUUUCUUUCCCUUGUCAGAACUCCAAAGGAUUGCCAUGGACAUAAGUACACACCCGUUGAGGGAAAAUGGCCUACGUACCUGAUACAAACUCAGACUCAAUCCACAUCACAGCAGUGUCCAUACUGUAUGGAAUAAGAAAAUAAUAAUGGUGACGAUAAUGAACGACAGUUGCCAAAAUACGGGAGACCUGCGGGUGUAUCAGCACCUUGUGUAUGCCAUUGUGUACACAGUCAUCCUUGUCCCGGGACUGCUGGCGAACAUACUGGCACUAUGGGUAUUCACGAUUUAUAUCAGAGAAACCAAGAAGGCAGUGGUGUUCAUGAUGAAUUUGGCCGUGGCAGACCUGAUGCAGGUUCUUUCCCUACCCCUGAGGAUCUACUACUACCUGAACAACAGUUGGCCAUUUGGUCAUGCUCUCUGUCUGAUCUGUUUCUAUCUCAAGUACGUUAACAUGUAUGCUUCCAUCUACUUCCUGGUUUGUGUGAGUGUACGCCGUUGCGAACUCAUCAUGCGACCACUGAGGUACAAUGGCUCUAGGCAAAAGGUGGAUGUGGUCAUAUGCAUCGUGGGUUGGCUCUUCGUCUGCCUUGGCUGUCUGGUUUUCCCUCUACUGAGAAACACGGAAAUUGAUGAUACCGUUGUGACCUCACAGGUCAGCGCCACCACUCCAGAAGGAGUCUGUUUCUCAGAGCUUCCCAUGCAGAAGAUCAAUGGCUCAAUAGCCUGGGUCAUCUUGAUUUUGGGUGAACUCCUGGGUUUCAUCAUCCCCUUAACUCUGGUGUUAGCCUGCACCUGUCUAACUGCUGGCAGCCUUCGAAAGCGGACAAGCAGGGCAAUUCCUGACCUAGGGGAGAAGCGGAGGGCUUUGAGGAUGGUGCUAAGUUGCACUGUUGUUUUCUUAGUGUGCUUUGCUCCUUAUCACAUCAGUAUGCCACUGGACUUCUUAGCAAAGGCCAACACGUUAAGCAGCUGCACCCUAAGGGACCUGAUCCAGAGAUGUCACCCUUUUGCACUCUUCUUGGCUAGCCUCAACUGCAGCCUGGAUCCUAUCAUGUAUUACUUCACAACAUACGAAUUCAGGAGACGACUGAGCAAGCCAGAUAUACCAGAUCUUAUUAUUUAAGGCAUAUGAAUGUCUCAAGGAUUUUGUCUAAUACCUUUUGUCUAAGGACCAGAAGCUCAAACCAUUAACGCCAGUAAUGUCAUAGACAAUGACAUACACUGCUGGCCAAAAGUAUUGGCACCCCUGCAAUUCUGUCAAAUAAUGCUCAAUUGCUCCCCAAAAAGGAUUGCAAUUACAAAUGGUUUGGUAGUAAUAUCUUGUUUCAUUUUGCUCGCAAUGAAAAAACACAAAAGAGAACGGGAAAGAAAUUAAAUCAUUAUCAUUUUACACAAAACUCAAAAAAUGGGCCAGACAAAAGUAUAGACCCCACUCACAUGACGUCACAACCACGCCUCCAUGCCAUAUUGUCCGUCAACUCGUCGUGUUUACACAUUACCGCUACGUAAAUUCCUCCUAUUAAGGCAUGUUUUUCUGCUCGUUAACAUUAAUAAUCAAAAUGGUGAAGGCGUAGUUGGCAGUUGGUUGCAGUAACGGAGAAGAUAGACGGAGAGACUUGAACUUCUACCGUAUUCCGAGAGACCCGGAGAGGAGAGCGAGAUGGACUGCUGCAAUUCGACGAGAAAACUGGGCACCAAACGAUCACCACAGAUUAUGUAGUAGUCAUUUUAAAUCCGGUAAGAUGCAUUUAAUAUAUAUUUAGAGGGUUUCGGGCUGACAACCACAAUUAUGAUCAUUGCGAGGCUAAUCGCCGACAACAUACAGUUUCAAAUUCAAGAUGCUUAUUUCUUCCACCAUCAUUAUUUUUUGAAUAAUAAUUUGCUGGUGCCAAGUGAAAGAAGCUGGCCUCGUCUACGGAUCAUCAGUUAAACAGGUGUGUCCAAACCUUUCGCAAAGGGGGCCAGAUUUGGUGUGGUAAAAAUGCAGGGGGCUACCUUGGCUGAUUUACAUAGAACAAUAUAUUUAAACAAAUUUUAGGAAGCCAUUCUGUGUGUCACAUUUGCUUUAUUUUUUUUUUUUAAUUCAUAAUUUCAACAGUCUCGUCUUUGUGGCGUUCUCUUUCGACACUCGGGCUCUUGCGAAAUACUGCUGCUGUGAAAUUAAACUAGCUUCAAGUUGCUAUAAUUUCACGCUGCGUAUCUUCCCUGUAAUGUUGUCGUUCACGUCAGCGUGUCUUGUUUGGUAAUAUCGCGUCACAUCGAACUCUUUGAAAACAGCGACUGUCUCUUUGCAAAUGAGGCAGACACAGUUGUUGCGUGUUUUAUUGAAGAAAUAGUCCAAUAUCCACCUAUCCUUGAAGCGUCGGCCAUCGCAGUCAACUUUUUUUAUUAUUGACUGUCGCCAUUUUAGAAAAUUGGAAGGGUCACACGGGGUAACGUUGCUUAGAGUUUUUCAAAGUUUCGUGAGAAUAUGCUGAGUUUCUGUGGACAAGAUAGGUGUAGAUAUCAGGGUAGCAGAUGUCAGGCAGAGACGGCGAAGACAGCGGGUCAAAAAAUAUCGAUUUAGGCAUCAAAUAUGGAUCUGGCGAAUGGAUAGACUGAAGUUUUUCCACAUAACGCCUUUUAUGCAACGCAUCCAAUGAAUUUACAGCGUCUGAAAGCACCGGGGCUUCCAUGAAUUGCACUAUAAAUUGCACGACAAAUUGAAACCAUUGAGAAUACGGAUAAACAAUGACGGACAAUAUGGUGGCCGGAUACAGCGACACGUCAUUGUGUGACGUUGGUGAGGGGGGUCUAUAGGCACCCUUUGAAAAAUCGUGUGAUGCUUCUCUAAUUUGUGUAAUUAAUAGCAUCUGUUACUAACCUGUGGCACAUAACAUGUGGUGGUAAUAACUAAAUCGCACUUGCAGGCAGUUAAAAUGGAUUAAAGUUAACUCAACGUCUCUCCUGUGUCCUUGUGUGGAACACAUUGAGCAUGGAGAAAAGAAAGACCAAAGAACUGUCUAAAGACUUGAGGAGCAAAAUUGUGAAAAAGAAUGGGCAAUCUCAAGUUAACAAGUCCAUCUCCAAAGACCUGAAUGUUCCUGUGUCAACCAUGCGCAGUGUCAUCAAUAAGUGUAAAGCCCAUGGCACUGUGGCUAACCUCCCUAGAUGUGGAAGGGGGAAAAAAACAGACCAUUUAAACGAAAGAUUGUGCGGAUGGUGGAUAAAGAACCUCGACUAACAUCCAAACAAGUUCAAGCAGUCCUGCAGUCCAAGGGUACAACAGUGUCAACCCGUACUACCUGUCAGCAUCUGAAUGAAAAGGGACUCUAUGAUAGGAUACCCGGGAAGACUCUACAUCUGACCCAGAGACGUAUAAAAGCCAGGCUGGAGUUUGCCUAAACUUACCUGAGAAAGCCAAAAACUUUUUGGGAGAAUGUUUUUUGGUCAGAUGAGACAAAAGUAGAGCUUCUUGGGAAAAGGCAUCAACAUAAGAGUUUACAGGAAGAAAAAAAAAACAGGCCUUUAAAGAAAAGAACACUGUCCCCACAGUCAAACAUGGCGGAUGUUUUGGGGUUGCUUUACUGCCUCUGGCACUGGACUGCUUGACCGUGUGCGUGGCAUUAUGAAGUCUGGAGACUACCAACAAAUUUUGCAGCAUAAUGUAGGGCCCAGUGUGAGAUAGCUGGGUCUCCCUCAGAGGUCAUGGGUCUUCCAGCAGGACAAUGACUCAAAACACACUUCAAAAAGCACUAGAAAAUGGUUUGAGAGAAACCAAUGGAAACUUCUAAAGUAGCCAGCAAUGCGUCCAGACCUGAAUCCCAUAGAACACCCGUGGAGAGAUCUGAAAAUGACAGUUUGGAGAAGGCACCCUUCAAAUCUCAGAGACCUGAAGCAAGUGGCCAAAGAAGGAUGGUCUAAAAUUCCAGCAGAGCAUAGUAAGAAACUCAUUUAUGGAUACCGGAAGCGGAUGUUCGCCGUUAUUUUGUCUAAAGGCUGUGCUACAAAGUAUUAGGCUGAGGGUGCCAAUACUUUUGUCCGGCCCAUCUUUGGAGUUUUGUGUAAAAUGUUAAUGAUUUUUUUUUUUUUUUUUAAAUUCUCUUUUGUGUUUUUUCAUGGCAAGCAAAAUAAAUGAAGAUAUUACUGCCAAAGCAUUUGUAAUGCAAUCAUUUUCUGGGAGAAAUAGAGCAUUAUCUGACAGAAUUGCAGGGGUGCCAAUACUUUUGGCCAGCAUUGUAUAUUGACUUUUUUCUCUCAAUAUGAAAGUCUUGUUUUUUUAACUUGCCUGUUUGAUGUAAUAGGCAGACCAAAUUCAUAAGAUUGCCACCAUGAAAUAAAUCCUACCUAAACUGGCUUCACCGAUAAAGCGAACACUCAUGAGAGGGGAUAAAAACGCUUAGUGUCACUUUCCAAAAUGAUUCCUUUAUUUGCACAAUGUUGAGUUAUCACAUCACCAUUCUUCAUUUUUUAAUCACCAAACAAAGUGCAGACAGUUUAAUGGCUGUACAAGGGAAUCUAGUCGUGUGUUUUGUUUAAAACACGGGCAAACAUUUUGAAGCAAACCUCACAUUCAAUUGUCUUACGGAUAGUGAUGCAACAAGACCAGUCUCGGUCCCAACUCCCAAAAGUCUUGGUUAUGUCUCAGUCUCUGACAAUAAAGAAGCACUUAGUAGAACAAAAAAUAGCUUGAUUUCAUGUUUCUAACCUGCCAAUAUCCCUGUGAUGAAUGUAACUUUUUGUCAUGUUUUUGGUGAAGAAGCCAUUGUUAUGAGACUCGACCACAUAUAGGUCACAUGCCGUGGUUUUCAAAUUACAUUUUUAUAGUACCGGUCUCGACAAGGACACUGCUCGUCUUGGUCUUAUCUUUUGCCGGCCUUGGUAUUGACUUGUUCUUGACCGCCCCAAAUUUUUGUCUAGUCUUGGUCGCACGCAAGUUUUGGUCUCGGGUAUUGUGGUCUUGAGCACAACACUACUUUAGGACACGCAUCAAGUAUGACACAAUUGAGAACAGAACAAACUAUCACAUUUGAGGGUAAUUGAAAUAAAAAUGCUUAUUGCUUGUGCUUAUUUUAGCCUUAUGAAGCCAUAUAUUUCUAAUAAAUCCAAAACAAAUUAGAUAUUUGGGGAUAAAAAAUGGCUCAUUUGCAAUUUUCAAUUUCUUACCACCAUUUCAUGACACAAAUAGUACUGUAAGUAUCACUAAAAGAAAAAAUACACUUCAACAGUGGGGAUUUCUAACACAAAUAUGGUUAAACACACAGCUUUUAUAGGGAGUUACAAUAAAUAAAUAUAGUAGAAAGUUUCAGCAGAGACUUGAGGGAAGUGACUUCUGGAUUUGUGCUUCUACUUCUACUGCGACAUAACAUUU